AUUUUUCAUUUAUGAUUACAAUACAUAUAUGUAAGUAACUAUAUAAGACUAUUUUUCGAGAAGUGGGGAGAGAAUGGUCGAUAUUACCCGCAACUACCUUAGUUUUGGAAUAGAAGAGUGGCAGUCACAUGUCGACUACCGUUACGUGGACUCCGUAUUACAUGAUUUCGAUGGUUGCGCUGCUUGUCGUAAAGUGUACAUUUAAAAGAAAACAAAGAUUUCCUAUGUGAUAUAGAAAAUUAUAUUACAAAUUGUAAGAUAUGUUACUGCAAUUUAAAAAAUUCUUAUCUCUUAUGUGAAAAGAUAAAUUAAAGCAUGAACGAUCUAAAGGAAUUAGAGAAACGAUCCUUGUGGAAAACAAUGAAGGACCCAUGGGUUUCGCCAAACAAGACGUAACAGUAAACGUAUGUCCGAGUGUCUGGAAUUCGCCUCAUCUAUGACAGGAUCGACGAAUUCGGGGCCUCUGCAGCCCCAAAAGGAUUCCUCGCCACUUCUGGCACGAUUCUCUCCCUUCGAUCUCUAUUCGACACCAGAGAGCCCGACGCUUCGAGGUCACCGUCAACGACUCUCUCGAAAGAUGACAUUGACCUCGUCGAACGGCCAACCGAUACAACUUACUCCUCUUUGGGAACACGUGGUACGCACUAGAAAAUUUCCAAAUGAGGUGGAUACCCGUUCAACCUUCUUGGAAAUAUCUGAUAGAUUACGUGAUCCAGAAUGGGAAGUGCGUCAGCACGCUCUUCGUGUGCUUAUAGAUGUGCUACCGACUUUGAAUGCUGACAUCGUGGACAAGGUCAUGCAACCAGUGGUACCAGAACUGGUCAAUAAUUUGGGUCACCCUGCACCAGCCGUUCGCAAAGGUGCCUUGGACGCCUUCCGAGUUUUCCUUAUUCAUAGUAAUGACAGAGAAAAUACUAUUAAAAACAUUCUUGAGGAUGGUCUAAAUCGUUCGGAAGUACAGAAUUCCUUUCAGACGAACGUUACCACCGGUGUGAUCUUAAGCGUACCCUCCCUCCUGUUUCCAUCGUCGAGUAGUCCAUCGCCUGAUUCCCGAUUUGUCAAGGAGGUAACAAUAGCCUUGGCCUCCCGGCUGGCCCAGGUACCGCAUCAAGAGGCGGUAUUAAAAUCGUUAACGAAGAUCCGGGAUGCAAUAGGCGUGGAAGAAUUCGAGAGCUAUCUGGAAGAUUAUGACAACAAAUUGAAGAAGAAUAUCGAGAUUUUAUCCAAAAUUUAUAAUAUAAAAUCUAAUAGGAAGAACCUAAAAAAGGGUACGGAUGGAAAGAACGUGGAAAAAGUAGAGAAAAAUUUGGAAGGUAAAUGGGAAAACGACAGCGACACUUCUGGUAUAGCUGAAGAAGAGGACGAGAUUACUAAUAUGCCAGCGGCCAGAGUGGUAUUAGAAACAGAAAUUAAGUUCAACGAGGAGACAGCUAUCACUAUGACGAUUCUUGAGGAGAAGGAUAAUAGUGGAGACGAGCAGAAUGCAGAAGAAAGUGGAAGAGAUAUGAAAAAUGUGAUUGAAGGGAAGGAAGAUCUUGAUAAAAGGAAGACACCUAGAAGAGUUCAUUUUGGAGGUGAAAUAGUUAAAUUAAGGACUCCUGAUAGUGAUGAUACAGAGUCUGGAGAAACUACUCUUAAAACUAGAAUUCCGCUUCCGAUUUCACCUGUUACUAAAAUGCCCAUUAACCGUUCUAGACCGUCUUCUCAGCCUUGUAGUCCUCACAGAGAGCCUAGAAAAUAUAGAAGAAUAUCCAGGUCUGUUUCUAAUAGCCCCAAGAGAGAGAUAUAUACACAUAAUGCGGAACUGAGUCCUAAAAAGAGUAUUCUUACUAGGACUAGUAGUCCAUUUCUAUUUAAUAAUAACGCCGUUGAUGAAACGAGAAAAAAGAAAAGUAUAAGCAGACAAGAAGAUAAAGAUAAUAAAUAUAACAUCGAGUCUAGUGCAAACGGUAAGAACACGAAGAUUGUUGAAAUUGGUGGAAAAGUGGACAAAAUUAAAAAGCCAGAAGUUGUGUUAGUACAAAAUAGUCAAAAUAUUAGUACAAUAAAUCCAAAUAUAAAAAUUAAUCAUUCUGAAGAUGUUUCUUUAAUAAUAGAGACUUCUAAGAAUGAUUCAAAAGUAGAAUCUGACGAUUUUGGAAUGCAGAAUAAAAUAAUUGAUAUUAAAGUUAACAAAGAUUGUUUGGAAAAUAAAACAUGUGAAAAUAUUCAAAAGAACAAUAUGGAAGAAACAAAUGAAUCUUUAGAUAUCAAUCAAAAAGUUGAUUCUUUUUUCGGUUCUGUGGUGAAAAAUGAAACAGAAUUAAAAUAUAUAAAAUUAAAUCAAGAUGGAGUUAUACGGAAAGAUGUAAAAUUAAAAAGUGAUAAAAUGAAUAGCUCGAGAAACGAUAAUAGUGAUUAUGUGUCGAAGAGUGUUGUUUGUGAACAAAUAAGUAAAUAUGACGAAGGAAGUGAAAGUAUUAUCAGAAAAAAUGAAAAUACUACUUAUAGGUCUGACAAAAUGGAAUUUAUAUCAGAUGAACCAAAUUGGGAAGAUCUAGGACUGGUUGAUCAUGAAGUAUUGGAGGAUCUACAUAACAAAGAUGAUUGGCGUGCCCGUGUCAGAGGUUUAGAGAGAGUAGCGUCCGCUUUGCGAACGUCUUCUGCUCUAAUCGCGAUAGAACCCCGAUUAGGAUCUCUUUUGCAUGCAGUGCUAGGCUGUGAAAGGAGCUGUCGUGUAGCUGCUGCUGGUUUGGCUGUGGCGAAGGUAGUCGUAGUUGGAGUAAGCGAAGAAGCUUUGAGAAAACGUUUACCACAAUUGGCAUGGGGUUUAGCAAGGCAUGGUGGACCAAGCGCAGCUCAAUUGGCCAGAAUCGCGAUGCUUAGGCUCAGGCCUGCUCUUCUCUUGGAACAGCUUCUGCAACCACAAUGUUUGAAUGCUAGGAAUGCGAAGACCAGGGAAAAUUGCUUACAAUUGUUAAUUUUUUCGUUGAUAACAUUUCCAAGUACGGAAUUCAAAGUGGACAUUAUGGCUAAUAAAGUAGCUAAAAUGUUGAGGGAUAGACGACGCAGAGUUCGGCAAGCAGCACUUGAUACUUUAGCUGUUUUAGCACAAAUUUAUGAAUCAGAGGAAGUAUUAGCAGCAGGAAAACGAGCAUCGGAAGGUUAUCACGAUGGAGAGGCAAUGAUGUCUGCUAUUAGAGCUCGUCUGGCACGAAAAUCUUUGCCUCUGGUCUCUGCGGACGGUCUUGUAAUAUAUGGUUUACAAAUUUCACCUACUGUGCAAAUAGCUACAGGUCCUGAUGUCGAUUGGAUCGUAGCUGGAAGUGGUUCAAUCUCACCUGCUAUCGGACGUACUAAAGGCCAAUUUAUAACAACGAAGAAUUCUUCCAAUAAAGAAAAAUUUGCAAGAAAUGAAAAUACAAAUUAUCGUGAGAAUUUAUGGAACGAAAGAUCAAAUUUCGUUGCACUUGGAGUUGGUAUGCAUUCUAAGACAGAACAGCCUGUAGUAUGGCAAAUAAUUCCAUCACAAAAUCAGAAUACACUAUGUGAAGAUGAAUUGAAUUUUCAAACAAAUCGAAACGUAAAUACGAGUAUUUGUAGUGGUAAUGCUUUCAAUUCAAACAUAAAAUUUCGAAAUCAAACGAGAAAUCUAGGAACUACUAGAGAAUCUGCGAAUUAUCGUAAUAUUAUUGAAAAUAAUUUUGAAAAGAGAGAAAAUAAUAAAAUAGAAUCUAGAAUUCCUUUAUUUUAUACUCGAGAGAGUGCUCCGAAAUCCACGGAACAUAAUUUUUUAAUAGACAAAUCUUCUAAUUUAGAUUUAAUAAAUGUUAAUUUGAGGAAAAAAUCAAAGAAUAUUAUGGAAAAUUCUAGCAAUCGUGGAACUUCUCAAGAAGAAAAUAUUAGAAGCUGUGGAACUAUGUAUCAGAGAAGAAAAAAACAAGAAAAUAGUACAAGUAUGCAUUAUGACAAUUGCCGUUCAAUGAAGAAUCUAAAUAAUACAAAUGUAGAUUGUAAUACAAAUAAUGUCGACGAACAUACGAAUCAAAUAGUUUUGGAUAAUAACUCGAGAUUUUAUCAAAAGUUUAUGGAAAGAGAUCGACAUUCGAGAAAAUCUGACAUCAAGUCUAAAUAUGUGCGUUCAAGUUCUAUAGAAAGUCAUCAACCAUCAAGAAAUGAUAAUCAAUCACAAACAUUUAUUAUGUACAAUAUGUACAAUACACCUUUACAUCGAGAAGGACGAUUUGUGGAUGAAAAUUCUUUUCGGCCAUUGCAAAAGACUCCUCCAUACAGUAAAAUAGAUUUUAUUAGAACCGGCGAAAAUAAUGAUAAAAAUUUAUCAUAUAUGAAAUCUUAUCGUAAAACAAAAGACGUAGGUGCUCAGAAAGUUAAUGAUGUUGAAUUAACAUCAUCAGACGCUCAAACUAGCGAAUAUUUUCCUGCGAUUAGCACUGAAACUCCUUACAGAAGAAGAUUACGUUCGUUAUCACCAUCUCAAUUAUAUCAUCGUCAACAGUUUAGAACGACUUCUAACGAGGUUCAUGCAUUAUCUAUGUUCGAUAUAGACAAAGCGGUAAAGGAAGAAGAACAUAACGAAAAAAAUAAACAUUAUUUUUUACCAGAUGAUCAUUUCGGACGGAAAACGUUGAAUGUGGCUCAAACACAAUAUGAAGUGAAUGACCAAGAAUUUUCAUCCUCAGAAACAUUAGAAAAUAACGAUCAUCAAGAUAGUGAACAAGACGUGCAGAAUACCCAAGAUGAUAGUGAUUUCAGAUCGUCUACUCCUGAAGGACAAAAUGUGGAUACAGCGUUUAAUAUUAUCACCGGACAAAUAAGUCCUCCUGGUCGAGAUACAGUCGAUUUUAUAUCGUUGGAUAAAAAAAUCGAAACUGAAAUAGAAGUAACAAAUAUAUCUAUCGACGAUGAUAGAUCCAAAGAUGAUUGGAACAGUGAUGAAGAAUUAAAAUUUAAAGAUCGAAAUCGUACAGUAUCCAGAAACUCAGAACAUGUUGAAUAUUUCGAAGAAAAUCAAACUGAGAACGAAAUUAGUAUUUCUGAUGAAAUAGAAAAAAUAAAUGAAGCUGUUUUGACAAACAAGAAUUUACAAUCGGAUUCUGAAAAUGAAGAAACAUUGGUUUCAAGAAAGUCCGCCAGUUCACAAAAAUCAAAUCGAUCAUCAAGUAGAAAUUCUAUUAACUUCGAGACGUCGAAAUCAUCAAGAUGUGAUUCUCGAAAUAGUCCACAUAAAUUGAAUUUUGAAUCCGAAGACAAUGAUUCAACAGAUUUAAAUAAAGACAAAGAUAUUUCCUCCACAAUACAGCGUGAUAUUAUUCAAUCAGAAGAAUUAAGUCAAUCGCGAAGAGAAUCGAAAUCAGAAGAAUCACCAGCCAUCAUUAUUGCCUCUAGACCUCACUCAUCUUCUGAAAUUUCUAAUUAUAUUGAAAACCGUCUAGAAACUAGUACUCAAAUAGAAGAAAAUCUCAGGUUUUUUAAUGAAUCCAGUGAGAACAAUGAUUUGGAAAAUGGACAAAAUAAAGAUAGUUCCAGUGAGACGAACACUGAACCAGGAAUUUUAAAAAUUGAAACUCAAUCUGUAGAACCAGGCCCUACAACCAAACGAAAGCCUUCAAGAGUUCCUCGCAUUUCAGUACGCUCGCGAGGCCGAAGCAAAGGAAACUUGGAAAAGAUAAAACCAAUAGUACAACAAUGUUUUGUUCAACUUGAGAAUAAAGACUGGGAAAUUAUUAUGAAAGCAUUAAAAACAUUAUCCCAGAUUGCAAAACAACAACCCGAAUAUUUAGACAUAUGUGCUGCAGCAACGAUAAAUCGACUUGUAGCUCGUCAAAUAAAAAGUCUUCGCUCUCAAGUGGCGCGAACAGCAUGUUUAGCCGCCGGAGACAUUUUUAGCUCGCAGAUUCGUGGCAUAGAUCAGGAAUUCGAUGAUAUAGCUGGAUCAUUGUUACACAGAACAGCAGAUACUAAUCGAUUUCUUCGAUCGGAUAGUAAUGCAGCAUUGGAUCGAAUGAUAGAACAUCUUCCGCCUCAUAAAACGAUCACGGUUAUCGUACAAUGUGGUGCAAGCCAUCAAAAUGCUAUCGUAAGAGCUGCUACGGCUAGAUUGUUGGCUUCGAUAGUCGAUCGGAUAGGACCGGAGCAUACUUUAAUUCUACCAAAAGAUGUAAGGGAUAAAUUGCUUUCUACAGGUGCAAGGUUAUUAAUUGAUGGAAAUUUGGAUGCUAGAAAUCAUGCAAAAAAGAUGUUUCGAAGGCUUACACGUUGCGAAGGAUUUCGAAAAGCUCUUACGGACGCUGUACCGGAAACAACUUUAAGACACAUUGACAAAACCUUAAAAGCCCUUUAAUCAAAUAAUUGAUCGUGUAAUCUUGCAUGUCGCUUCGCCGUCUGGAUCUUGUUCAAUCAACGAAACUGCUUCUUGUGAAAAAUGAAAUUGAAGCUGUUUAUGAGUUUCAGUGGCGUAUUCGAUGCGAUCUUCGUGCACGGGGAAAAAUUAAAGAAUUUUAUCUAGAUUAUGAAAGACAUUUUUUUCACAUUAUUGCUAUUUUUUUCCUGUAUGCACGAACAUAUGUUUUCUUCCUUGACACAUAAACCAAAUGGAAGAAAGAUGAAAGCAUGAUUGCUCUGUUAAAAUGACUGAUUUGAAUGUUUCAAACUUUUUGAUACUCUGAUGUAUGUCCGUACAUUUCUUUUUUAUACCGCUGUAUAAACAGCAUACAUAUUUAGAAACAAAAAAAAAAAAUUAUU